AUAUCACUUGUCUAUAAGGAAUUGUACCAAGUUUCACUUCUAAUUUCUCUUUCAGCCUUUUCUUUUGCGCACUCGUGCGCACUUUCCGGUUCGUGGAUUGCGCCAGCCCAAAAGAUGUUGUACCGAGCCUGUGUCACCUGGUGGACCAACCGUUGUAUUGCCGUUGUGAUAACGAAGACUUAGCGGCCGAUACCAUGGACGUAUCCUGCUACGCAACAGGGCAACUAACUCCAGAUCACAUUGUCUUUAGGUCAUUCCAAAGCAACCCCUCAGUAAUUUCCUUAAAAUUCAACACGAUAAACCUUGAACACGGGCUGCGUUUCGUCCCUACCGAAGCAUUCAAGCACUCCGAUAAACUCGAACGGCUGAAGCUAUCGCAGUCCAAAUUGGGCGUACUAAAAAGGCGCUCUUUCCACGACCUUCCAAGAUUGACAUUGCUAUCGCUAGACUCAAAUGGCAUAACAGCUCUUGAAGAAGAAUCAAUCGCCAGUUUGCCCCACCUGAGAACGCUUGAGCUUGGCCACAAUCAAUUGCAAGUAAUUCUCGCAAAGACCCUCGUGGACUUGCCAGCAUUGACGCAUCUUUUUAUGGAAAGAAACGAAAUCAGGCGGAUCGAGGACUUUGCUUUUGCUGAGCUGACCACCGUUGAGGAGCUUGACUUGAGUCACAACGAUAUCCAGAACCUCACGGACCAGACAUUUAAGGGGCUGUCGAAAGUGACUCGAGUAGACCUGUUCCGCAACAAGAUUCAAAAGCUGGAUGCGCGGGUGUUCAAAACUAUGCCAGCGCUCGUUGAAUUGGACCUCAAGUACAACGGCAUCACUGAUGUGGAUCCCCUGGUUUUCGACGGUCUGCCGCAGCUGCGCAGACUGUACCUCUCUCAUAACCAUCUGCAUACUCUGCCCGCCCACUUAUUUAUGGGAGCACCCAAUCUGGUGGCAGUGGACCUCUCCCAAAACGAUCUCAUAGCGCUCACAUGGAGAGUGGUGCAGGAUUUGAGGAAGAUCAAUGCAGAAUCCUUCGACUUGAGCCUUAUUGGCAACAGGUUCGUUUGUGACUGCCGCCUGGCGUGGAUGCAGCGCCUGCAGAAGGCCAGCCGCAGCGACAGCUUGCGGCGUGAGCUACGUCACGUGAAGUGUAGGUUUAAAGAACCUUCGGCGUCACCAAAUGGUUCCAGCCUGCGCAGUGGAACCGCAGUGACCGCGUUGAGCCUCAAGGAACUUGGCUGCCCCGAGGAGCACGUUCUGCCUCCUUGGCAGAGCGGAAAGAUGCUUGACCGUCACGGCAAUGCUGCGAAGGCGGUACCAACGACGUCCGAGUCACUCGUUGCAGUGAACGAUGCUGAUGGCCGACAACGGUACGGCGAAAGACAGUUCCCAGUCAGGUAUCGAAGAAUAGAGGUGAACGCUGUCGAAUGGGCGAUCACCCACCAGAGAGCGGCUCCCGGGAAUCGCGAGAAAAACUGUGCAGCGGCGUCCUGCUGCUUCAUGUACGAGGCGUGGCUUCCUCUGCUGUUGUAUUUUUCUACCACUCUGGCGCAGGCAGUGAGGUGACGCUAAAGCUAUUGUCAAGAAUGUUGCACAUUUUAUAUAAAUUUCCAGCCUUCGGCACACUCGCUUUCCACCUUUCGUUACGUACAAUACGAUCGUAAAGCAGGCAAGUUGUAACAUUCAUUAUCUUCUGUGCGAGCUGAACAAUUUAAUUUAUGUAGUUCUCCCCAGUCAAACAUAUAUUUGUCUCUAUGAUGCAUGAAACUAGGCUAGUUGGCAAAAUUCCAUCCAUUU